AGCGGAAUAUCAGUAGGCUCUGUGAGAAGCCACGUACCUGAAGUGCGGACCACGUUUCCGAUGAAGCGCUGCUUGGCGGCGUGGGCACAUCUUUGAGCUUGUAUUUUCCUCAGUUUGUGGGGGUUGUGGUCGACGCAUAUCCGCAUGAGGCGGUGAUGUUGUAUGCACGUGAAACACAUGUUGGCUGGACAGCUGAGGCACCUGGAAAAAAGAACGCACACAGUGGUUAGAGCUUAUACACAUUCCUGCUCGACGCACAACUCAAGCAUCGUCUGUGCUACAGUGUGUCUUCCGGUGGUGGAUGUGGGCGUUCUUAUUUACAAAACUAAAGAUAACCAGGCUACAUUGUGUGUUUAUAUAAUGUACACAGUGUACAAGCAGCUGCACCCUCCCACGGGUGUGGAACACUGCCUCUACUGUAACUUCCUUAACGGACAGGAACAGAACCUUGUCAUUGCGGCAGUAAAUCAGAUACAUGUAUACCGACUCAAUCCAGAGGCAGAGGCUUCAACUACUGACAAGGAGGACUCAGGUGUCAAACAGAAGUUGGAAUGCUUGGCUUCCUUCAGCCUGUUUGGCAAUGUGAUGUCUAUGAAGUCAGUUCGGCUCCCUGGGGCAACCAGGGAUGCCCUCCUCCUCGCCUUCUCCGAUGCAAAAUUGUCAGUUGUGGAGUAUGACCCAGGGAUGCACGACCUGCAAACAACAUCACUCCACCAUUUUGAAGAUACUAAACUUCAGGACUUUCAAGACCCUGUUGCCAUGCCGACAGUUCGUGUUGACCCUGAUGGGCGAUGUGCAGCCAUGCUCAUAUACGGCACAAAGCUUGUUGUUUUACCGUUCAGGAAGGAUGUGUACAGUGAAGAUGUCGAUGUCAUGAUUGAUGGAGAUGAUCACGCUCACAAAACUAGAUACCCCAUUCAGAAUUCAUACAUCAUUGACAUGAGGAGUUUUGACGAGAAGAUAACAAAUAUCCUCGACUUCCAGUUUUUACAUGGGUAUUAUGAGCCAACUGUGUUCAUCCUAUAUGAGCCAUAUCCAACCUGGGCAGGACGAGUUGCAGUGCGGUCGGACACAUGCAGUAUAGUGGCCAUAUCAUUAAACAUCCCUGAGAAAGUCCACCCAAUCAUCUGGUCCAUGUCUCAUCUCCCGUUUGACUGCAUACAGUGUCUCCCUGUGCCCAAACCUAUCGGCGGUGUGUUGGUGUUUGCAACUAACUCCCUGCUCUAUCUCAACCAGAGUGUACCUCCCUAUGGUGUCUCCCUCAACAGCAUCACUGCCACAUGCAGCGCUUUCCCACUCAGAACACAGGAGAAUGUCAGGAUCACGCUGGAUUGCGCCCAGGCAGCCUUCAUCUCCUCUGACAAGAUCGUCCUGUCUCUAAAAGGAGGAGAACUGUAUGUACUCACCUUAUGCGUAGAUGGGAUGAGAAGUGUCCGUAGCUUCAACUUUGACAAGUCUGCAGCCAGUGUUCUUACCACUUGUAUGUGCCUGUGUGAGGAUGGGUACCUGUUCCUUGGUUCCCGGCUUGGUAACUCCCUCCUCCUUAGAUACACAGAGAAGGCAUCAACAGACAAGGAGAAAACUAAUGAACCACCAGCUAAGAAAAAAAAGACCGAUGGGCCGACUGAUAUGGCAUCUGACGUGUCACUGGUUGAGAACCUUGAUGAGCUGGAAGUGUACGGUGCCAGCGAGAACCCCAGCGGCACUACCAUCACAUCUUACGUGUUUGAAGUGUGUGACAACAUCUGGAACAUUGCCCCGUGUGGAGUGACAGUGAUGGGUGAGCCGGCCUUCCUGUCUGAGGAGUUUAACAACACAGUGGACCCUGACCUUGAGCUUGUUACUACAUCAGGGUAUGGGAAGAAUGGGGCUCUCUCUGUGCUGCAGCGAAGCAUACGUCCCCAGGUGGUGACAACAUUUGAACUGCCAAGCUGCAUUAACAUGUGGACUGUGACUGGGCCCCCUCAGGAGGGAGAGAAGGGGGAAGAUGAUGAGGAUGAGACUGAUGGACACGCCUUUCUGAUUCUCACCAGGCCCGACUCCAGCAUGAUUCUACAGACCGGCCAGGAGAUACAGGAGCUUGACCAUAGUGGGUUUAGCACACAGACGGCCACCAUCUACGCAGGGAAUGUGGGAGAAGGAAGGUUUAUACUCCAGGUCUCUUCUGGGGGAGUCCGGCUGCUGGAUGGGGUCCAACAGCUGCAGCACAUUCCUAUCGAGAUGGGCACGCCAAUAGUCUACUGCUCUGUGGCCGACCCCUACAUCCUGAUAAUGAGCGAGGAAGGCCUGGUCAUGAUGUUGACGCUGAAACAGGAGCAGGCAGGGGCCAGGCUUGUGCUCACAAAACCACUCAUUGCCAAUAAACCGCGUAUACUGACAAUGUGCGCGUACCGGGACGAGAGUGGGCUGUUCUCCACCACACCUAUAGAGCUGGACGAGGUAGUGACCGGGACUGAACAUCGUGAAAACAUGAACACAUCGAUAGAGAAAGUCUUCAACAUGGAGAAUAGCACUGUGGAUGAUGAGGACGAGCUGCUGUAUGGGGAUGCGGACACCUCCACAUUAGACACCUCCGUCAACACCAGCAUCAGGGAUGACAAACAAAGAAAAAAUACGCAAAAGAAGGAGAAGAAAAUCACAUACUGGCUUACAGUGUGCAGAGAAAAUGGUGCAUUGGAGAUUGUGAGCCUGCCAGACUUCAAGAUCUGCUACUAUGUGAAGAUGUUUCCUAUUGGUCAAAAGGUCCUCGUGGAUACGCUGCAGUCUGAGCUCCACGCUAGCAGGUCUAGUUCAUCGACAGCUCAGGACAAAAUACAGGCAGAGAACAUGAGCAGCAUUAAUGAGAUACUGCUUGUCGGACUAGGGCACCAGAAGUCAAGGCCAUACCUACUGGCAAGAAGUGAUGAUGGGGUACUGAUCUAUGAGGCGUUCCCCUAUUACCAAGCAAAGGCUGACAACCACCUGAAGAUCCGCUUCAAGAAGGUGCAACAUAACCUCAUUCUGAAGGAGAGAAAAGUGAAGUACCGGAAACGUGGGGAUGUGGAGAUUAUUGAUGAGUUUGAUGAACUGAAAGAUGAAAGGGGACAGUGGUUCCGAUACUUCAAUGAUAUCUCCGGUUACAGUGGGGUUUUUAUCUGUGGGCCGUACCCCCACUGGUUGUUCAUGACUCAGAGGGGCUCCUUGCGAAUCCACCCAAUGGGUAUCGAUGGAGCCGUGACUUGUUUUGCCCCCUUCCAUAAUGUAAACUGCCCCAAGGGGUUCCUAUACUUCAAUAAGCAGGGUGAGAUGCGAAUCUCAGUGUUACCCACCCAUCUCACAUACGACGCCCCCUGGCCCAUACGUAAAGUACCCCUCAGAUGCACGCCUCACUUCAUUGUAUAUCAUAUGGACAGCAAGACAUAUGCUGUUGUAAUGCAUAAUCCAGACAUCUGUAACAAACUGCCCAAGGCAACAUCAGAUGAUAAAGAGUUUGAAGUGUUUGAAAAAGAUGAGAGGUUUGUGUACCCGGUGGUGGAAAAGUUUAUGUGUCAGCUGUACAGCCCCACCUCCUGGGAGGUCAUACCCAACACUCAGAUUGAGAUGGAGGAGUUUGAGCAUGUGACCGGUAUUAAGUAUGUUCCCCUCAAGUCUGAGGAGACCGUGUCUGGGUACAAGGGAUACAUUGCCAUAGGAACCAACCACUGCUUGGGGGAAGAUAUUCUUGGCAGGGGAAGGAUAAUCAUCUUCGAUGUGAUUGAAGUUGUGCCAGAACCAGGCCAGCCGUUGACCAAAAACAAAAUAAAGGUGAUCUAUGACAAGGAACAGAAGGGGCCAGUGACAGCUCUCACACACUGUGCAGGCUUCCUCGUGUCCGCUAUUGGACAAAAGCUGUUCAUGUGGACGUUGAAGGACAAUGAUCUGGUAGGGAUCGCGUUCAUUGACACACACAUCUACAUACACCAGCUAGUCACCCUCAAGUCCCUGAUAUUUGCGGCAGAUGUUCAGAAGUCUGUUACCCUGUACAGGUACCAGGAGGAGGAGCGGGUCCUAUCACAAGUAUCCAGGGAUGUGAAACCAUUGGAGGUCUACACUCUAGAUUUUGUUGUUGAUGGAGCACAGCUGUCUUUUGCGGUGACAGAUAAAUUGAAAAACAUCAUAAUAUACCACUAUUUACCAGAAACACGAGAAAGUCAUGGUGGCACAAGGCUGAUAAGAAGAGCAGAUUUCAACGCAGGAUCUCAUAUAAACACGAUGUUUAGGGUUCGGUGUAAACUCACUGAUCCAUCAACUGAGAAGAAACUGUCGGGACCAGUGGAGCGGAGACAUGUCACUUACUUUGCCACAUUGGAUGGCAGCAUAGGCCUGCUUCUCCCAAUCAAUGAGAAGACGUACAGACGACUGCUGAUGUUGCAGAACGCCCUAAGUAUACAGAUGCCACACACAGCGGGACUCAACCCAAAGUCUUACAGAGCAAUGAAGACUGAUGCAAUAGAUUUGUUUAACUCUCACAAAAACAUCCUGGAUGGUGAGCUAUUGUGGAAGUUUUUGCACCUCAGUGUUCUCGAGAGAAAUGAAAUGGCAAAACGAAUCGGUACAACGGUGGAACAGCUUGUGGAAGACUUGAUGGAAAUUGACCGACUGACAGCCCAUUUCUGAGGGUUACAUUGUUUCAAUAUGUGGACUAGAGGCAGCUUUUAUGAUUUGAUUUGAAAUUACCGUAAAUUUCUGAUCAAUAACUGUGCAGGCAUCAUUCUCAUGUUACAAUCUAUUAAAUGUGCUGUCAUUUUUAACACCUCAUUUUAAAUCAUAAUCAUCAUCGUCAUUUUGUGUGGAUAUUAUAAUCUGAGAAUAGGCAGCAUGAACUGUUGUUAUAGAUUCUCUGAGAGGAAUCAGACCAGUUAUGGUUUGGAACUUAUGUUUUGUAUUACUUUUGUAUGUUCAAGCUUAGAUAUUAUUGUUUUGAUGUACAUGUACAUUGCAUAUUAAAUAUGAAAACAG